AUGGAAGACAUCUUUGGGCGACUGGGACCAAGAUCUUUAUUGACAACAUUUAAAAAGACUGAAAAAUUGUAUGAAUAUACCGAAGAAACUUGUUGGGGACAAUUUCUGGCUUAUGCGAAUAGCCUUGGAAAAGGAGAAACAUGGGCUCUUAAAAUGCUGGAUUCGUCUUCAAAAAUCCCGUCUGGUAUUCUCACUGGGAAUAUUAUUGAUCUGGGAAUGUUUGACGAAUGUAUUUCAGUUCAGAUGGUGAAAGGGAAUAUAAAAAUUCGUGGCCGCCACUGUAUGUAUUCAAUAACUUUGGCGAAUCAGAACAGUUCAGUUCCUCUUCAACCAACGUUGUCAAUAUGCGUUCCAUCAGCAUGCAAUGCAAAUGAUGUGGAAACAUUUCUUAAUAAAACUAUCCAUGAUAUUCAGCUUGUAAAAGAUUUGGAAAUUGCUGAGGUCACUGCAACUUGCUCAAGUGUUGGUCCUCAAGAAUGGUCACACGGAAGCAUCACAUCAGUGACACUAUUCUCUAUCCUUGUGAUUUUUCUAAUAAUUUGCACAUUUCUGGAUAUCCUCCAAAGAAGUAAACAUCUUCAAUCUGCAGUUGCGAGUAACUUGGCAGAGUUUUCAGUGUACAAAAGUGCAAACAAAAUUUUUAAUAUGAACGUCGAUUCCAGUUCAUUGACUGCAUUGUAUGGUAUUCGAGCUUUGAGUAUGUGUUGGAUUGUUCUUGGCCAUGAGUUUGUGCUGGGCGCUAUGAAUGUUAACAUCAACACCGUUGAUAUUGUUGAUUGUAUGAUUCAUUUAUGGUAUCUGGCCGUUGACAUGCAGCUUUUCUUAAUAUCUCCACUUAUAUUAUACCCUCUUAUCAAGAAACCAAAACUGGGGUUGUUAAUUUGGAAUGUAAUGUUUGUCUCGCAAAUCGUAGCACCGGCUGCAAUCAUCGCAACAAACAAGUAUGUCUUCAUGUUGGAAGUAAGCGAAACAAUUGAAGACACGGUAUCCAUGUUUAAAAACUUAUAUUCGUUGGCUUACACAAGAGGAGGCAGUUGGCUUGUUGGUGUCCUUUUCGGAUAUCUCAUAUAUACCCAACGAUCAAGCCUUAGCAAGAAAACUAUUUACAUCGGAUGGGUUAGUUGUCUCCUUUCUUUCACGUUUUGCACAUUGGGAACAAAUGUUAUGCAGCAGAAGGAUUACGUUUACAACGUCGUUUGGGAAUCAGUUUUUGGAGCGAUAUCACGACAACUCUGGGCUGCAAGUGUAGCUUGGAUCAUCUUAGUUUGUGUUUCUGGGCAUGGUGGUCCAAUAAACAAAUUUCUGUCGCUUCCGAUCUUCAUUCCAAUUAGCAGAGUUUCGUAUUGCGUGUACUUGGUCCAUAUCGUAAUUCAAGGAAUGAAAACAUUUUCAACAAGGACACCGCAUUAUUUCAAUGACUUUCAUGUGUUCAACCACUUCUUGGAUACUUUCACCGUUUCCAUUGUGAUAGCCUUCUUCUGCAGUUUACUUUUCGAGGCGCCAAUUUUGACAUUAGAAAAAAUGAUUUUUCGAAGACAAAAAGUGAAAAAAGGGGAAUCAAAAGAGGCGCUUAACGAAACAAAUGAGGAGAAAUAA